ACAAAAGGUCAAAAAAGGGCAAAAAAAGAAGAAGAGAAAUUCAGAACAACCGUUUCCCGGCAACUUGCAGUUGUUCACGUUCCUAGUGUCAAUCCCCGUAAAUAAACCGAAAACCAGUGUCAUUUAAACCCCUCACUUUAUUCAAUUACCAAAACAAAUUUCUUUUCACCUAACCGUUGUUUCUUCUGUGGAUCUCUCUGGAGGGGGGAAAAGGAAAACUGAAGUUAUGGGAAAUGCAAAUGGAAGAGAAGACGGAGCCAAUGGCGGUAUCGAAAAUCUUUACUUAAGAUCCAACGGUGGGGAGCCCAUCGUUCCUGGAGCCGGCCCCUCGGCCUCUGCAGUAGUUGUUAGAGUGCCGUCGUCUGAUUCAAUGGCGAAUAGUCCGCCGCAGAGCCCUAGCCGGUCUCGAUCCCCUCUUUUGUUCGCGCCUCAGGUUCCUGUAGCUCCCUUACCAAGGGGUGAUGUCCAUUCCUUUUUCAGCCAAAUUUGGCAGCAUGAUUCACCUGGGGUUGUUGAUAGUGCAACUGAGAAAGGUAUUCCUGUCAUCAUUACAUGGAAUUAUGGUGGUCAUGAUGUGGCCGUGGAAGGUUCUUGGGACAACUGGAGAUCAAGGAAGAAACUGCUGAGAUCUGGUAAGGACCACUCAAUUCUUUUGGUCCUUCCAUCUGGCAUAUACCAUUACAAGUUUAUUGUUGAUGGCGAAUGGAGAUAUAUGCCUGAUCUACCUUUUGUAGCUAAUGAAAUGGGCCAUAUUUGUAAUCUUCUUGAUGUUCAUGACUAUGUACCUGAAAAUCUGGAUAGUGUAACCGAGUUUUUGGCUCCAGGAUCUCCAAAUUCCAGUUAUGGUCAGGCAUUGCCAACGGAGGAAGAUUUUGCAAAGGAGCCUGUUAUAGUUCCGUCCCAGCUGCAUCAAACUGUCCUCGGUACAGAUAAUCAAGAUGGAGCAUCAUCCUCAAAGCCUCAACAUGUUGUACUUAACCACCUUUUCAUUGAGAAAGGAUGGGCAUCGCAUUCUGUUGUUGCCCUGGGAUUGACCCAUAGGUUUGAGUCCAAAUACGUGACUGUUGUACUCUAUAAGCCACUCAAAAGGUAACAUGCACUUUUUCCAUGCUUCACUCUGUAAAGAAACGAAGGUAACUUUCACAGUUGUUUGUGAAGGCUGGCUGUUUUAUAGAUCUGUUUUGAUACUUUUUAACAUGUUUUGUUGGACUUCAACAUUAGUUUACCUUAAGGUGUUUGCAUAUGGAAAAUUUCGCCAUCUUUGGAGCA